UGGACCGGCUACCACAACUAUUUCUUGUUGUUUGAACAAAAAGCUCAGUUUAAAAGACACACAGAGGCAGUGUGACUUCAUUCUCUGGUCUGAAGGCUUUACUCCAUGAUGUCUUUUCAUAUCUCUUUUUUCUUGAUCUCCACUUCUACUGCUGCAGUGCCACUGCAGCAGCCCCGUAUCUCCCUGUCGUCUCCUAACAGAGAGCUGGUUUGGGGCCCUGGAGGUGCAGAGGUCACCAGGGGUAACAGGUUUGGUCUCACCUGCUCCAUCAACUCCAGCUAUUCUGAGGGUCGUUUCUUUGUCAUCUUCUCUGGCUCAAACCUCACCAACAGCAAACCAGCAGUCAACCACUCUGCCACUUUCGACUUCCCUGUGGCUGACUAUGAACACGCGGGCAACUACAGCUGUGUGUAUGAGGUCACUCUGUCCUCAAGAAGAUUCACUUCUACACAGAAGGAAUCAAUUCGUCUCACCAUUAAAAUGCCUUUGCUGCCUGUGGUCUCCUCAGUAGUUGCUGGGGGUCUAGUGCUACUCCUUCUGGUCUUGGUGGUGGUCUGUCUGGUCUACAAGAGAAGAAGACGAGCUCUGCAGCCUGGAUCCCCCAUCCAAACUCAAAGUCUGUUUUCACAGGACUUACAAUUGCUGUUUGUUAACUUUCAUCUUGUGAACGAUUAUGAUGAUGACGUGCCUGAGGAUGAGGAGGCUGACUAUGUGAAUGUUGAUCCAGUGAACAACAAAGAGAAAGCAGGGGCCGCGGAAGAAGAAUAUAGUGAUUAUGAGAGUGAUGAAGAUCAUGAUUAUGAGGAAGCGGGCCAUGGCCCAAAUUUAAUAAAGGCCAAGGAGAUCCUUUUCAGUGAACAGGAAAACGGACAAGAAGAAGAAGAAGAAAGCAGCGAUGAUGAAGCUGACUAUGAAAAUGUAAGCCUGUCAUUCGUUGAAGAAACUGUGGAUAUUUAUGGACAAGAUGAGAAUAUUUAUCAAAACAUUUGA